CAGCCAGAAGGACUCACCAGAGAAUACACCUACAGUGUCUUCUUCUGUCCAAAUGAAAAUCCACAUUUCCACUCCCAAUAAAUAUGAGUACCAGUAUGUGCAGAAGCCGGCCCGCAUGAUGGGCUUUGAGGUGGCCAUCAAGGCCCACAACGAUGCCCAUGUGGCCUUGUCUCUGGCCCCCCACGACAUGGCAGAGAUGACCGAGAUUGUCAUCGGAGGCCACCAGAACUCCCAGACGUGGAUCUCCACCAGCAAAAUGGGGAACCCCGUGGCCAAUGCCCAGACAGAUGGCAUCCUCUCCUGGGAUGAGUUCCGAACCUUCUGGAUCCGAUGGGGCAGUGGAAUCAUCCAGGUGGGCCAUGGCCCCUCCGCCCUCAAUGAGUCCGUCAUUGUUAGCUGGGUGCCCCCCCGGCAGCCCGAGGUCAAGUAUGUGGGCUUCUCCACCGGCUGGGGCUCUGGGGGCGAGUUCAAGAUCUGGAGGAAGAAGGAGGCUGAUGGGAACCACAAUGAAGCCUUCACCCUGGGCAUCCCUCACAAUGUCAUCCCUGGGUCUGAAAGAGCCACUGCCUCUGUCAUCGGAGACGUGAUGGGUCCAACCCUGAACCACCUGGACAAACUCCUCCAGCUGCCUUUUGGCUGCGGGGAGCAGAACAUGAUCCACUUUGCCCCCAAUGUCUUCGUCCUCAAGUACCUCCAGAAGACUAAGCAGCUCAGCCCAGAGGUGGAGAGUGAAGCCACAGAUUACCUGGUCCAAGGAUACCAACGGCAGCUGACCUACAAGAGGCAGGAUGGGUCCUACAGUGCCUUCGGGGAGAGGGAUUCCUCAGGAAGCAUGUGGCUGACGGCCUUUGUCCUCAAGUCCUUUGCCCAGUCCCGAGGGUUCAUCUUCAUUGACCCCAAGGAGCUCUCGGCUGCCAAGGACUGGAUCAUCCGGCACCAGAAGGAAGAUGGGUCUUUCCCAGCCGUGGGCAGGAUUUUAAACAAGGACAUCCAGGUAGGAAAGAUGGGUUGGCAUGGAUCUAGGUUGAGGGCAACCAAGAAUCUGGGUGCAUGGAAAGGAGAGAU